AUGGCCACACAGCCCAAGUCUGUGCCAUUCCAGAGGCUUCCCCAGAGGUCCUCAGUGGUUAGGUCUUGGACCACCCCUGGCAGCCGAGGAUUCUGGGAUGUUGAGAAUGUUAACUUGGUCACAUUAAGGAACAAAAGGAAUGGAGAUUUUGUUGGAGAUGAAGAGGGACAAUUAGCAGAAGGUGAGAAGCCUGGAAAUGAUCCUGAAGAGGCAAAGCUGCAGAGUGCCAGCAAACAGAUCGUGCAGAAUGCCAUCCUUCAAGCCAUGCAGCAAGUCUCCCAGGAGAGUGGGCGCAGGGAGGGCAGACCCAGCGACGGCCGGCCCCGCUGCCCCCUGGGAGGGAGGGAGCUACCCAAGAAGCAUGGAAAGAAGUAA